AUGCUGCACCGGUUUUGCAAACGCCUGGGAGACAACUCUCCCAUAGAGGCGCCAUGUGAAUGGAUUUUACACGGAGGUGUAGCCAAAAAAUGGGCAAAAACUCCGCCAGCUGUUGGUCAAGCUCAUCUAUGGACUGGUCGAGGCAUUUCUGGUCUUUUUCGAACAUUUUAUGUACACAAGCCAUUAGGUAACACCAUAGGAGGAACGAGAAUUGUAAAAGAAGUGCGUUUGUACGGCUUGUAUAGAGGCGGUAUGAGCUUCAGGUCCACCCCGAACUCCACACAUGUUCGUUCGAAAAACUUUGGAGCCGGUGCUAGACACUAUGGAUCAGAGAGCGAGAGUGGUAGGAAAUCAGGAGGACCCCUAAAGAAAUUCCUCAAAAGAUUGCUAGUGGUCUUUCCAGUCACUUACUGGCUUUAUGCACAUGGUCACCUUCCAGUGAUACAUCUCAAACACAUUGACGAGGAUACAUUUGACUCUUUGGACAAUAUGGUGGUUGUACUGCUACAUUCACCGUUUUGGUAUCCAAAGGAGCUUGUCAAAAAACUUGAAGGAGCCCUGCCAAAGGGCGUCAAGAUGUACUAUACCCUCAAGUAA